CCAAGCCAGACCCCAUCAUCUUCAGUCUUGAGGGAGAGGGUAGAGAGAGAGGUGGGUUGAGAGAAGGGGGUAGAGAGAGAAAGAGAGGAAGGAGUAUAAAUUUUGGGCAAGUGUGGCGUUCUCAUUCGGCGGUGGGCAAGCCUCACAAGUCACGACCAUAUAGAGAGAUCACACGGAGGAAAGGAAGCACCUAGCUUGCGCUAGCUAGUUCCACUCCAAGAUUCUUGAUUGGCAACGCUCCUUUCCUCUCCCUGCCACUGACGGCGCAUAAUCCGCGCCAGUAGAAUCCAGAUUUCACUUCGGGCGAGUAGCUAGCUAGAGAUCAAGUGCAAUUAACUGCAGCCAUCAAGCUCAGCUUGCUUGGCUUGGCUUUCUCUGGGCUGCGCCGGCCGGCGGCAAUGGAGGAGCAGCUGAGCCCGGUGGCCGUGACGCACCUGCUCCAGCACACGCUGCGGAGCCUCUGCACCAGCGACGCCUCGCAGUGGGUCUACGCCGUCUUCUGGCGCAUCCUCCCCAGGAACUACCCUCCCCCCAAAUGGGAUCUCCCAGGUGUGGCUUAUGACAGGACCAGAGGAAACAGGAGGAACUGGAUCCUGGCAUGGGAGGAUGGGUUCUGCAACUUCGCGGCCACCUCUGCAGCCUGCGGCCAAGACGGGGCAGCAGCUGCUUCGGGUGCGUACUCAGACUGCGAAGCGGCAGCAGCGCAGGAGGUGAAGCAGGGCCUGCAGCCUGAGCUGUUCUUCAAGAUGUCUCAUGACAUCUACAACUACGGUGAAGGGCUGAUUGGGAAAGUGGCGGCGGACCACAACCACAAGUGGGUGUUCAAGGAGCCCCAGGAGCAGGAGAUGAACCUCAUCUCCUCCUGGAGCAACCCUGCUGACUCUCAACCGAGGACAUGGGAGGCGCAGUUCCAGUCUGGUAUCCAGACCAUCGCCCUGAUCGCUGUCAGAGAAGGCGUCGUGCAGCUCGGCUCCAUGAAAAAGGUGGCGGAGGACCUGGGCUACGUGGUGACGCUGCGCCGCAAGUUCGGGUACCUGGAGAGCAUCCCGGGGGUGCUCCUGCCGCACCCCUCGUCCGCCGGCGUCUUCCCGGGCGUCGGCGCCGUGGCCGACAUCGCCGCGGCCUGGCCGGGCAUGAUGCCGCCGCCGCCGCCGCCUCCGGAGCUCUACGACCCUUACGGCGCGGCAGCCGUCCCGGGGCCGGCUUCCAUGCACAUCAUGCCGUCCAUGAGCAGCCUCGAGGCGCUGCUCUCGAAGCUGCCCUCCGUCGUGCCGCCGCCCGCGCCACCGGCCGGCGCGGCCAAAGAGGAAACGGAUAAGGAGCAGGAGGAGGACUACGUCGUGCAGUGCCACGGCGCCAUGGACAUGGCGAGCAACGGCGGCGGCGAGAGCGCGAGCACUACAAGCACGAGCGCCGCUGGGGGCGGCAGUACGGCUCCAAUGGCGUCCUACUUCGUCGACGUGGGCGGCAAGCCCGGCGAGGCCGGCGGGUUUUAGCUAGCUAGGCAAAAGCUUAAUUUGAGACCUUGUCUCUCCCCAAGUGUACGUUCGGUGUCUGUGGGUGGCAAGGCAAUUCGCAAACGUCAUCUUUGCUGUGUUGUUCUGAUGGCUUCUCUAGCUAGUGUAAAAUUAAUUAGUCGUUCAAUCAGUCAUAUAUCUCUAGACCGUCCCAUUUGCAAAAUCGUCAUCUAACCCAAUCAUUCGAGAGUAUUUUUGCU